AUGGAAAUAAGGGACAUGGCAACUACUUAUAAUCACUCACGAAUGAUGUCAUUUCGAUCAUUAGUUGUGAUUGUCACAAUUCUUUUAUCUGUAUUUAUUGCUCGAUAUUACAUUCCAGUGCGUUCACCUGGUCCUAUGGGACAUCCAUGGAAAUAUCGAAUUAUAUCUGGUACUUUUGCAUUUAUACUUGAAUUUACUCAUUUCUUCGAACCUAUCAUCGGCAUUCCAUAUUAUACUCUAUUGAAUAUAAUUGUUGAUUCGUUUGAUCCUAUUAAAAUACGUCCAUUCGAUCAUGGUGAAGUCUUAUAUCAUGAUCAGUACAUUGCCAACGUUCUUGUGCGCAUGUAUACACCAACAAAUCGUUCGAAAGAAUCUUUAUUACCAGUGAUCAUAUUCUUUCAUGGCGGUGGCUUUUUUUUCGGAAGCAUUUAUUCACACGAUACGAUGAACUAUCAUCUCUCUAUGUAUACAGGCGCUAAAGUCAUCGCUGUCAAUUAUCGUUUAACUCCCGGAGUUCAUUAUCCAACACCGAUUGAAGAAGGUGUCCGAGUAGCAAAGUAUGUAAUGGAUAAUUAUCAAGAGUUUUCGAUUGAUCCUACACAUGUUUUUCUGUGUGGUGAUUCGGCAGGUAUAUCAAACUUAUUUUCACUUCAAAAAUUGCCCAUUUCGCUUCUAGGUGGAAAUAUGGCAGUUGUAGUAGAGAGACAUCUUCGUCGUCAACGAAAACCAGUUGUACGUGGUGUUCUUCUACUUUACCCAUUGUUACAACUUGUACACUAUCGUCUCGCGUCAUAUCGAACUUAUUUACCUUAUCGUCUCCUGUCACUACUUCGUGAAGAUAUGCUUGUCCAAGUUGCGAACUUCUACGUGAAUACAUCAUUUUCUCAAGACGAGCUUUUCCAUAAUCGACAUUUAUCGUUCAGCGAUUACGAGAAAUUCUAUUCUAAACUCAAUUUAUCUAGUCUAGAUAAAAACUAUGAUAAUAUUCGUAAACAUAAUUAUUUAUCUGAAUCAUCACAUCCAGAUACAUGGAAAUUAUUUGACGAGAAUAUUUCACCUUUACUCGCUGAUGAUGAAAUUCUACAUGAUAGUCCAGCAACAUUUAUUGUUGCGUGUACAUACGAUGUACUUCUUUCCGAUGCUCAAUUGUAUUUUGAACGUUUACAACGACUGAAUGUUAAAGAUGUCAUCUAUCGAGAAUACCGCAUCUUUCAUGGUGUAAUGACAUUUGUUGACUUUCCGGUUGCUUUUAAUGAAGCUUUUGAGAUUAUUAGCGACAGUGCUCAAUUUGUAAUCAAUCGAACUGCGCAAUAG